AGUCCGCCCCAUGCAGGAUGGAUGAGAAGCGACGGAGGCUGCAUCAACAACAAGAGCAGGAUGAGCAUAUAUCAGAGUUUGCGGGCUUCCGAUCUGAGAACGAGGCCGGGACGGCUUUCAUCGGAAAAUUUCAGAUGAUAUGGGAUCACAAGCUGAGUGUAAGACGCAUCAACAUCGAGACAGCGGAGACAGUAGAGGAGGUCGAGGAGCUGGGGUUGAAUGUCCUCAAGGACGAGCUGAGCAAGCUAGGGAUGAAGUGCGGGGGCACACUGCAUGAGAGAGCAGAGAGGCUGUGGCAGACCAAGGGAGUGGAGGACAUCAAAGAGUUCCUGGCGGCCAACUCGUCCCUGCUCGUGAAUCCCUCUCGCAACAAGAAGCAGAGGGUGGACGAGAGCGUGCGGCUGGUGCAGGAGAAGGAGGCGGAGCGAGCGGCGAAGAGGGAGAAGACAGCGCAGGGCCCGCUGCUGGAAGGACUCGAACGAAAACCGGGACAGAAGAAGCUCCCGUCCAAGGCUCCGAGAUCCGAUCGCAAGCAAACUGCUAGCAUGUUGCUGAUAUCAGGGCCUGGCCCAGACUUUUGAGGUUCUAAAGUGCCCGACCGUACAGUCCUGCCGGGCUGCCCAGUGCUGGCGGCCCAGUGCUGGCGGAUCGGAUGGUCUCGCCGCAGCCUGGUGAGCGGCUCCGACGUCAGUCCGAUCACCGGGUCACGCGGCCAAGGUGUGCACCGUCUCAGCCACGGUCACGGCGUACUACAAGUGUGACUGCCCGGCGCGCCGGGCGCGAACUGGCAAUCACUCGGAUCUGGAACUUGAGUCCAGGCCGCGCUACGGUGAGGGUUGCCAGUUCACGGUUGGUUCCCGCUGUCGGGGGCCCGCCCCGGCCGUCUUUCAAGAAGUUCAGGCUUUUCGAAGUUCCGAGUCCGAGUCGCCGUCACGUGAUGGCCUGUGCGACGGUGUCAGGGUCAAGCCUCCUCUACAGUAGUCUCUUCAAGGCUUCAUGACAUAGUCCUCGAGGCUGAUUUUUAACUUAACUUUGAGUAAACUUCGGCCCAGUC